CCUCAUCCGCAACAGCAGAGACAACCGAGUUCGAGAAGCAGCCAUUGAGCACCCGAAUAGCUGUGGAAAGCCUACAGUUGUUAUACAAUCAACAUGGCCUCCACCCAGCCCUUCUUCUUCCAGCAACCCCUCCGCUACCUCCGAUGGAUCUCCAUUAACAAACCCGCAUACUUCUACUCGAUUGUGAUCGGGUCCAUAGGACCUGUCAUGGUCUUCACCGUUCCGCCUAUUCGGAGAUAUCUUGGAUACGAGAGGUCACCCAGAAUACCACAGACAUAUCCGAUACCUCGAGGUCCCCGACCUAGGCCCAGCGGUUUCGAGGAUGAGUAGGUGUACAGAU